UAUUCAGCGUGACCAAGCUGUCAAAUCGCAGCACAGGACAGCGCUUUUGAUUGUCCAGAAAGGCAGGGAGAAGAUUACAGAGGUUUGCUCACGCUUGUCACUCACAGGCGUAACACAUCACGGAUAUUUAUUUCCUGCUCUUUGCAGACCUCUCUCAUCACACACCUUUUCUAGAUGUUUUGACUUAGAGGACACUGAAGGGGAAUCUGCGCGCCCCCAGGUCGGGUCAUCGGAAGACCAGAGUGGUCUGCAGCCUCGGCGCGAAGGUACUUUCCGUCCUGUGAGCGAAGGAGCCGGGCUGGAAACAAGGAGUUCCCAGGAAAAAAGAAAAGUUACUGCAGGAAAAGGGAAGAGUAAAGCAGGAAAACCAGCGUCCCCAGUGCAGGUCUCCGGGCAAUGCCAGUGUAGAUGCGGGGCAAUGUCCCGUCGCAAGCAGGGGAACCCGCAGCAUUUGUCGCAAAGAGAGACAAUACCGCACCCUGACCAUGUGGACAUCAUCCCUGCCGCGGUGGACACCCCCUCGCCUGACCUCGGCUUCACCUGCCCGCUGCCGUCCGGAGUGGGCGACCACGACCUGCUCACCUGUGGCCAGUGCCAGAUGACCUUUCCUCUGGGGGACAUCUUAGUCUUCAUCGAGCACAAGCGGAAGCAGUGCCAGGCUUUGGGCGGGGGCACCGGCUGCUACCACAAGAUGGGGGAGCCGGGAAGCCCCUCACCGCGGCCCGAGCCCAGGAAAGUGGUGGAACCGGUGGAAAUCGGGAUUCAGGUGACGCCUGAAGAGGACGACGAGAGAAUGCUGACACCUACUAAAGGAAUCUGCCCCAAGCAGGAGGGCACCCCCGCAGGUAGGGAUGAGCCGUCCAGCUACACCUGCACCACCUGUAAACAGGCCUUCCUCAGCGCCUGGUUCCUGCUGCAGCACGCCCAGAACACGCACGGCCUACGCAUCUACCUGGAAGGUGGCCCCACCGGCAACGCCCUCACGCCCCGCAUCACCCUGCCCCCGGCCGUGGGAGCCGAGUCGCUGCCGCAGCCCCCCCUCACUGGCUUCCUGGGGGAGGGGAGCCCCUUCCAUCUGCUGCGCAUGGCUGCACCGCUCCUACGUGAGCCACCAGGCUUUGUGGAGAACCGCCUGCCCGGCACGCCCCCCUUCGUGAGCCCCCCUCCUCGGCACCACCUGGACCCGCACCGCCUGGAGCGCCUCAGUGCCGAGGAGAUGGGCCUGAUCUCCCAGCACCCCAGUGCCUUCGAGAGGGUGAUGCGUCUGACACCCAUGGCAAUGGAGUCCCAGUCCAUGGACUUCUCUCGCCGGCUCAGAGAACUGGCGGGAAACAACAACUCAAGUCCGCCGCUGUCACCGAGUCGCACAAACCCUAUGCAUCGCCUACUCAACCCCAACCCCUUCCAAGCGAGCCCUAAGUCGCCCUUUUUGAGCACCCCUCCUCUGCCGCCCAUGCCCCCCGGGAGCAGCACCCCGCCGCAGGCACAGGGUAAGUCCAAGUCCUGCGAGUUCUGUGGCAAGACCUUCAAGUUCCAGAGUAAUCUGGUGGUGCACCGACGGAGCCACACGGGGGAGAAGCCCUACAAAUGCCAGCUCUGCGACCACGCCUGCUCUCAGGCCAGCAAGCUGAAGCGGCACAUGAAAACGCACAUGCACAAGGCCGGCUCGGUGACCGGCCGCUCCGACGACGGCCUGUCUGCCACCAGCUCCCCGGAGCCGGGGACCAGUGAUGUCACAGGCGAGGCUGUAAAAAACAGGGAAGGUGACUUCAGAGGGGAGGGCAUCGGCCCAGACAAUGAGGAGGAGGAGGAGGAGGAGGAAGAGGAGGAGGAGGAGCUGGAAAAUGAGAGCAGGCCGGAGUCAAGCUUCAGCUUGGACUCUGACUUCUGCCGCCCGCGGGAGAACGGUGCCAAGCCGCCGGCACUCUCCAUCGAUAAGAUGGUGGAAAACGCGUCCCUCAACACUCUGCAACAAUACGGGAACCUGAUCGUCGACAACCGGAAAAGGCUGCCCUUCUCCACCAGGGGCCACGAGGGCCCACGGGAGAACAGGGGCAGGCACUCUGAGAGGGGGGAGCUCGAGCCAGUGGAAAGGACCGCCGUGAACGGCAGGAACUGUGGCUCGGGGGACUCUCUCCCUAGCCUAUUUCCACGCAAGCCCACACCCAUCACCAGUCCCAGCCUGUCCAACUCAUCCGCCAAGAGGAUCAAGAUCGAGAAGGACCUGGACAUGCCUACGGCACCACUCAUUCCCUCGGAGAACGUCUAUUCACAGUGGCUGGUGGGCUAUGCCGCCUCGCGCCAUUUCAUCAAAGACCCCUUCCUGGGAUUCAGCGAUUCCAGGCAGUCGCCCUUUGCCACCUCUUCGGAGCACUCCUCGGAGAACGGCAGCCUGGCCUUCUCCACACCUCCGGGGGACCUGCUGGAUGGCACGCCGAGCGGGGGAAGCACACCCCACCUCGGCGGGCCCGGCCCGGGCCGGCCCAGCUCCAAGGAAAGCCGUCGCAGCGACACAUGCGAGUACUGCGGCAAGGUGUUCAAGAACUGCAGCAACCUAACGGUGCACCGGCGCAGCCACACCGGCGAGCGGCCCUACAAAUGCGAGCUGUGCAGCUACGCCUGCGCCCAGAGCAGCAAGCUGACGCGGCACAUGAAGACGCACGGCCAGCUGGGUAAGGAGGUGUACCGCUGCGACAUCUGCCACAUGCCCUUCAGUGUGUACAGCACCCUGGAGAAGCACAUGAAGAAGUGGCACGGGGAUCACCUGAUGACGAACGAGGACUUCCACUCAUGUGUAGUUGACCAUGAUAAGAAGUAGCAUCUUGUGUGGACUAAACAACUGGCCCUGGCAACCAGCUGGCCCUAGAUCAACAUCAACCAGGUCACCAACCACCAGCUGACCCUAGAUCAACAUCUAUCAGGUCACCAACCACCAAGUGGCCCCUAGAUCAGCAUCUACCAGUUCACCGACCACCAGCUGCUCAUAGACCACCAUCAACUUGUUAACCAACCACCAGCUGUCCCUAGAUGACCAUCUACCAGUUCACCAACCACCAGCUGUCCCUAGAUCACCAUCUACCAACUAAUUAAAUUUAUGGUUUGUUUUGGCCAACAGAAAUAUCUGGAGAAACACAGCGUGUGUUAGGUGGACUGAGUUGGCUUGGCAGCGGGGGCCGUGGGGAGCUGUAGCAGCUGACACAGGUGUGAGAGGACGUGCAGAGGCACAGAUCACAGCGCUACCACCAUGACUGGACACUUUGUAUACUGCCACCAGUUUGACAAGAGCGUGCCUUUAACAAUGAUCUUCCGAUUGAUCGUCUCCUGAGACAAACGCAGCACGUCUGUGAUGCGAACAAAAGAACAAGCUCUCCUCCAUAGCUCUAAUCUGCUCGUGAAUUUAUGGAGCGACGCCCGCAGAACAGCGUGUUCAUGUGCACGCAGAUGUACAUAUUAAGGCACGAGCGAGAGGAAUUAUCGACUUCAGGACAAGACUGCAUGCCAACUUCGGAGAGGACUGUUAGACCACAGGUAGUCGCUGAAGAGACUGGACAGGAAUCAGGAACAACAGAAAGUAGGGAAAAAAGAAAGAAAAAAUGAAAAAAGAAAACAAAAAAGGACAAACUUAGUGCACUCUGUCUCAAAAUACGUUUACAGUAUUGAAACAAGUACAAGGGUAAAUCUUAUCUGUGUGUGUUUGUUUUAAAUGAGUAUUUUUUUCAAGUUUGCUUAAAGGUUUCUCUGAAUGCCAUAGUGGCCGUGUAUAUUGUUUUUUUUGGUGAUGGGUUUUAGUAUAUAUAUAAAUAUAUAUAAAUCUAUAUCACAUUUCUCUUGUUUACUGUAAAAGUAUACCGGUAUUUGUAAUAUUUCAGAAUGCCUGGGCAUUUUACAAAAAAAUUGAAAAAAAUUUUAAAGUUUUUUUUUUUCCAGCCCAAUUUCAAUUGUGGGUCUUAUUAAGAUGUUUUGUCACUGUAAGUGUAAAAGUCUUGAGUUUUAGUAAAACCUUUAUCCUUCCUUGCGUGUAAAAAAUGUAAAUGAAACGGGACAAAUUGCAGAAGCGUUCGAGCCGCUGAAGGGCGACACAGUGCCCCCCCCACGGCAGAGACCACCGCCCCCUCCCGCUCGGCUCCCGUCUUUACUCUGGAAUGGCAUUCUCUCUGUGUAGACACUCUUUUUACAGGAGCUCGUAUUUUUUACCUAGUACACGCAUCCCUAGUGAAAGAUGGUACUGUAAGUACUAUGUGUCAUUUUUCUGUUUUUUUGGGGGGUGGGGUGGGGGGUCCUGGUUAUUAAUUGAGAAAAAAAACGAGUUGAAAAUGCAUCACAAAGCUGCCACAAUAUAUUUUUUUAAUUUGGCAGGAUAAAAAAAAGCAAAAAAAGAAAAAAAAAACAAUCUGAAGAAUUUGUAUUCUUAAAAUGAGUCAUAUUGUACAGCAAGGUGUGAAGGUUGUCUGACAACCUUUUAGUUACACAAAAAAUACUAAAGUAAAUGUUUUGUUUACUAGUAUAUUGGCUGAAAAUAUUUUUUACGAGUACCCUGGUGUGACUCAGGCUUGUGUGUGUGUGUGUGUGUGUGUGUGUGCGCGCUGUCUGAUACGGGCAGCUUCUCUGACCAGGUCAGCCCUCACUGAUGCCUCACCCCUUGGGAUAACCCUCCAUUCACGCUGGCCAGCAUUGCAGAUACUACACCUGUACAAGCGAUACCAGGACUUUUCCGACACAGCACAAGUCUGCAACGGCAGCCAGGCACCGUGCUGGAAGAUGGAUGGUUUGGAAUAAAACCGCACAAACUGCUAUUGCAGUGCUAAACACUCAGAAUGGGGAAGACGGCAGUGUGUAUCAGGAAAAUCUAACUCCGUUUAUUCCCAGUUAAGCCAGAAAAAACCGGAAGCGAGGUGCAUGCUAGCCGCGACCUGCUGCCUGUCCUCAGUCGGACGUGGAGGCAGGACUGCGGCGUGUGUGUGUCUGUACGUUAGGGUCUCCGGCCCCGGCUCAGGGUGCGAGGAACCUCUGGGCCGCAGGUUCUGAAUAAAAAUGACUGCUGCUCUUCGCCCUUUA